AUGGACAGUGGCAGCCUACAUCAUGAAAUUAACCUGGCAUUACCUGACCUGCAUGAAGAGACAAAGAGGGCAGUUAUUGAGCACCUGACAGACAUUAUUGGUGUCAGAAACAGAGAAGAUCUCCUGUUUGUUGAGCCUGAUGAUAUCAAACCUUUCUUGACACCAAUUCAAAGUCGAAGACUUGUUCAAGUAUUCAGAAAAGCAUCAGGUCAACUCCCUUCCACACAACCAAAUGUAAGCAACACCUCCUGGAUCAGCAAUUUUUCAGUUCCCUGGGAGAAGAUGCCAACAAGACUUUUACAGGCCUUGGCAUCAGGUGGAAUGGCUCACCCAGAAGACAGGAGAAUAAUGAUUAGGACUGUUGUAGAAGGAAUGCGAGUACACUGCCCCAACCCUAACAGAGCUGCUUGUGGGGAGGUAGCUAGAGCUAUUGUAUCUAAGUAUCCCGCUACCUUUGCAGAUAAGACUGCAGAAGGUGAGCAAUUAGGCUGUGGUUAUUAUUCCCUACUCAAACAGCUUAAAACAAGAGUUGAACAUGUAAAUAGAGACAAUGUCAGCAGCAGAAUCCGGCAGCCAAGGAAAAGGUCUACCAGGGAAAACAAUGAGGGUGAUGUUGCCAUCAAAAGGGGGAGAUCUGAACUUGAUAGCUAUGGUUGCAUCAACUGGCAACCCACAACCCUACCAGAAGGAGAAACGACUGAAACUUUGGAGACAAAAAGACAGACUAUGUCAGCUGUCUUCAGAUCAGCAGGUCCUCAAGCAAUUGAAACAACAGAUGUAAAUACUUAUAUGUCUUUGACUUAUAUUUACCAGAGGCACAUGCUUAAUUCUUGGCCUGCCCCCACCUUAUGUGAGGUUCAAGAGCAUUGGCCAUUUCUUUUUACUAAAAGAGGCCUCUGCACUCACUUCCACACACUCACAGAUAUUGAGGUAGAAACACGUCUCAGUGAAGCCCUUCUUACGAAAGGAAGGAGAAUUUUGAACUUCUUUCAAAGCCAGAGACUUCAGUGGAACAAGGAGAUUGAACAUCUGCUACGUGAGUGCGACAGUGCAAAGCUGAACCACAACCAGAUCGCCACAGCAGCCAUCCUUCUUCUGAUGAAGUACUUCCAAGAAAAAGAGGACUCAAUCUUCAUCUUGGCUGACGCUUUUUCCACCAAGAUGUCUGUUGAGAGAGAGAUGACCUUACCCAUCACACCAAGGGUAAUAGCGCUUGGGAAUAAUUUCAUGUCUGCAAGCCGCUGGAUGAUCAGUUUGGAGGGCAAGGUAUUUUAUGAGCCUGAGCAGAUGCAUGACUUUGCCAGCACCCUUGCUGUCUUCUUUGCGUCAUACUACGUUUUCAACCUUGAGUAUCAGGAGUCAGCGUCCAUCACACUGGAGAUGAUACAGAGGUUCUUUGUGAGGAUCAAUCCAGACAUGGGAACAAAAUGCCCUGCAAAACUUGGUACAAGCCGCAAGACAGGUCGUGUCAUAAAGAGGAAGGUUACAAGCAUCAGCCCUCGGAUCACCACCUUCCUCCAGCGGCUCUCUGAGUUUGAAUGGAGGACUUCCAACUAG